UUACAACCCGCCCUCAUCUGUUACAAAGAGGGGAAAACAAAAAAAAUGAGAGAAUAUUGGACCUCUCUCGCCUCACUUCUCGGUGUGUUUGCCUUCUGUCAAACCAUCCUCCAAGCAGUCUUCCCCCCGGAACUCCGUUUUGCUUCCGUCAAACUCUUCAAUCGGAUCUUCCACUGCUUCUCCUCCUACUGCUACUUUGACAUAACCGAGAUCGACGGCGUCAACACCAACGAGCUCUACAACGCCGUGCAGCUCUAUCUCAGCUCCUCCGUCUCCAUCACCGGAAACCGCCUGAGUCUGACACGCGCCGUCAACUCCAGCGGCUUCACCUUCGGCCUCGCCAACAAUGACAGCAUCGUGGACACCUUCAACGGCGUCAACGUCCUCUGGGAACACGUGGUCACACAGAGGCAGGCCCAGACCUUCUCCUGGCGUCCUCUCCCCGACGAGAAGCGUGGCUUCACGCUCCGGAUCAAGAAGAAAGACAAGUCCUUGGUCCUUAAUUCCUACCUCGAUUACAUUAUGGAGAAAGCCAGCGAUAUCAGAAGGAAGAACCAGGAUCGUCUUUUGUACACCAAUUCCAGAGGUGGUUCCUUGGAUUCCCGGGGUCACCCUUGGGAAUCCGUGCCCUUCAAGCACCCCAGCACCUUUGACACAUUGGCCAUGGACCCUCAGAAGAAGAAAGAGAUCAUGGAGGAUCUUCAGGACUUCGCCAAUGGACAAUCUUUCUACCAUAAAACUGGAAGGGCAUGGAAGAGGGGUUACCUUCUCUAUGGCCCGCCAGGGACUGGUAAAUCUAGCAUGAUUGCGGCUAUGGCCAAUUACCUUGGCUAUGAUAUCUAUGAUUUGGAGUUGACAGAGGUGCAUAACAACUCUGAACUCCGGAAGCUUCUCAUGAAAACCAGCUCCAAGUCUAUCAUAGUGAUUGAGGACAUCGAUUGCUCUAUCAACCUCACAAACAGAAACAACAACGGUAACACUUCGGUUUCGGCUUCGAGGAGUUACUAUGAUUCGGAGUUACGAGGUGGCGGCGGCGGUGGGUGCGGCGAGGAAGGUGGGAACACAAUUACUCUGUCUGGGUUGUUGAAUUUCACUGAUGGGUUGUGGUCUUGUUGCGGGAGUGAGAGGAUUUUCGUGUUUACCACCAACCACAUUGAGAAGCUGGACCCUGCUCUGUUACGGAGUGGGAGAAUGGAUAUGCAUAUUUUCAUGAGUUACUGUUCGUUCCCGGCGCUGAAGAUUCUGCUGAAAAACUACCUGGGGUGUGAAGAGUGCGAGAUAGAGGAGACAAUUUUGAAACAGUUGGAGGAGGUUGUGGACGUGGCUCGUAUGACUCCAGCGGAUAUCAGCGAGUUAUUGAUCAAGAACAGGCGCAAGAAGGAGAAGGCGGUGGAGGAACUGUUGGAAACGCUGAAGGUGAGGGUGGAGAUGAACGAGAAAAAUGGGUUUCUGAUGAGAGGGGAAAAUGGGGUUGAAGAGGAAGAGCAAGAAAAAAGAGCUUUGGACAGUGAGAGCCCUAAGGAGGAGUCAGAAACUGAAGAGAACUGCAAGGAAGAAGAUGAAGAAGAGAAGGUGAAGUGAUAUAUAAUGGUGAUAAUUAUAAUAAUAAUGUUGUUCAAGACUUGUUUGGAUGUUUCCCAAAGAAGGAGAAUAGAAUGGAAUGAAUACAUACAGUGUAAUGUCCAAUAGCCAGUAGCAGUAGUAGUAGUGGGUGGUGGUGGUGGUGGUACAUGGUGAAGGAAAUUUUUGAAGGGUGGAGAAGCUUAGCUAGGGCCUCUAAUUUGAAAGAUGUCACAGAUUGGUGUGUGGUUUAGAUUUGAAUAAUGGAGUGGUUUUACUAUUUAGAUAUGUAGGGAAAGUCGAUCUGCAUCGUGAUACAGUUUAAGAUGUGUUUCAUUGUUAGAUUUGUUUGGGGUGUGGGUGGGACUUUACACCCUGACAUGGCUGGGGAGCCAGCUGGGAUGUUGGUGAACACCUGGGUGCACAUGGCAUGGGAAAGGUUGGUAACCUGAUGGGACUUGUAGGGAAUAAUGGUAAUAAGUAGGGUAGGACUAUUGCCUAAUGACAAAUUUUAAUCAUGCAAUCCAAAACUCUCUUUAUUCUAAACCAA